UACCAAAUUUACCGCAGGGAAAUAGGUACGACGACACCAAAACUGGAAGUGUGAACCGCAUUCUCGUCUCCGCCGAAGUGACCACAGAAUCUCGUUGAGUAGGGUUUCAAAUUCCCCGCCACUCUUCCCUUCUAAUGGCGGGAGAAGGUGAAGGGCCGGAGACUCCAUUGAUGCCCAAGCAAGUCCCAAGCCCCAAGGACGAUGCCCGCAUUGUUUCGCAAACUAGUUCGUCUCUUCCACGAUCCGAGAACGACGCCUCUCCAUCGACGAAGAAGCCUGUGAGCCCCAAGGAGUUCAUACUCUCAGUGGCUACCAAAAUAUCCUCACAGCCGCUCCAGAGCUCUGAUCCCGACGUUUGGGGCGUCCUCACUGCCAUCUCCAGCAACGCCCGCAAGCGCCACCAGGGCAUAAACAUGCUUUUGACUGCUGAUGAGCACUGCAUUGGGCGUUUAGUAGACGAUAUGCGAUUCCAGAUUGAAUCAAAUGCAAUUAGUGCAUACCACUGUAAAAUUUAUAGGAAGCGGGUUGCCACCGAAGAUGUGGAGCAUCUGUCCAACCUCUACACAUCUGCCUUCCUGAAAGAUACUAGCAGCACAAACGGGACAUAUCUCAAUUGGGGGAAGUUGAAGAAGAACAGCUCUGAAGCUAAACUCCAGCAUGGAGAUAUUAUAUCAUUUGCAGCCCCUCCUCAGCAUGAGCUUGCAUUUGCAUUUGUAUAUCGAGAAGUUAUUAAAUCUAUGUCCUCAGCAGAUGGUGCAGUUUUGAAGAGAAAAGCUGAGGAUUUCGGUUCUGAAAACAAGAGAAUAAAAGGUAUUGGCAUCGGUGCUCCUGAGGGUCCUAUUUCUCUUGAUGAUUUUCGAAGUCUUCAGCGGUCAAACAUGGAGUUGAGGAAGCAAUUGGAAAAUCAGGUCCUUACAAUAGAUACAAUGCGCAAUGAGAAUCGUAUGGCUGUUGAACGUCAUGAAAAUGAACUGAAAGAGCUGAAAGACUCAAUUACAAAAUCUUACCUUGACCAACUCAAAGAGUUGAACGAUUUGUUGGAGGUUAAACAGAAUGAGGUGGUGGAGCUCAAUAGAAUAUCAGCUGAACAAAAACAUUCUCUCCAUGAUCUUAAUGAAAGGCUAAGUGCUUCUAUGCAGUCAUGUAUUGAGGCAAAUGAAAUAAUGAAUAGUCAGAAGGCUUCUAUAUCUGAACUUAAGGCACAAUUAGAUGAAGAGCGAGAUCAAAGACGGGAAGAACGAGAAAAGGCUGAAGCAGAUUUAAAAGCAGCAAUACAUAGAGUUCAGUCUGAGGCUCAAGAGGAAUUAAAACGUCUGUCUGAUGCUGCCCUACGACGAGAAAGAGAGCAGCAAGAAGUUAUUUAUAAGCUUCAGGAAUUGGAGAAAGAAAGAUGUUUACUGGUGGAAACUUUGAGAUCCAAGCUGGAAGACAUGAGGCAAAAGUUGGUAAUCUCUGACAACAAGGUUCAUCAGCUUGAAACACAAGUUUGUGAAGAGCAACAAGCCUCUGCAAGUGGAAGAAAAAGGGUGGAAGAACUUGAGCAUGAAGUAAAAAGAUUGAGGAAAGAGCUUGACAGUGAAAAGCAGGCAGCUCGAGAAGAAGCAUGGGCUAAGGUUUCUGCCCUAGAACUUGAAAUUAAUGCUGCUUUGAGGGAUCUUGAUUUUGAGAGACGGAGGCUAAAAGGUGCCAGGGAAAGGAUUAUGCUUCGAGAAACACAGCUACGGGCAUUUUACUCCACAACCGAGGAGAUUUCUGUUUUGUUUGCAAAGCAGCAGGAACAGCUGAAGUCCAUGCAGAGGACUCUGGAAGAUGAGGAAAAUUAUGAGAACACAUCAGUUGACAUUGAUGUCAAUCCAAAUAAUGUAAUCAAGGGUGCUCCAGUCAGGGAUAGGGAAGUAUCAGGGUAUCAAAGCAAUGGCACUGCCAAGGCAGAUUCUGCUACAUCAGCCCAGAGGUUUGUCAGAGAUCAAAUUGAGACUUCUAGUAAUGGAGCCAGUGUUACCGAGAAGCAUGAGUGUGGCUUUAGAAGUCAGGAGGAAGGCCAAAACACCCAAGAGGUGGAGUUCACAAGCACCGAUAAUUUGGUAAAAGGUGGUUUUGGUUCUGACAUUGAUGGUAUUGGCACAGCGCCAGCUUUGGAUGGUGACCUCUUUGGAACUGAACAAGUUCUUGAAACUGAGAGCCCUGGGAUCAACAGUGUUCGGAACAUCGACAUGAACAAGCAUAGUGCUUCUGCUGGAGACACAAUGCAACUUGAUGAUGAAGCCCAUGUAAAUGAAACUGAAGAACAGGGCCGAAUAAUUUGUGGGGAGAGUUCACAUCCCUCUCAAUUAAAUAAUCCCAUUGAGACUCUAAAAGCCUUGGACGAUACUGAAGGUGGAGGAACCAUCAAAACAGCUGAUCUACUGGCUUCUGAAGUUGUUGGAAGCUGGGCUUGCAGCACCGCACCUUCUGUCCAUGGGGAGAAUGAAACUCCAAGAAGUAAAAACGAUGGGGAAGGGGGUGCCACUCUACAUGAUUGCAAUGGUCAGGCAGCUGAGAGUCAAAGUACACCGUCUUCCAAGGCCGUUGCAACCAGACUGAAUCAGGAACGUCAGGCCCUCAGCGAGAUGAUCGGAAUCGUUGCUCCGGAUCUGAAGGAACAGUUUGUGGGUGCUGUGGGUGACGGUUGUGAUGAAUGGACAGAGAAGAAGAGUUCUUCGUCUGACUCUGAUACAGAGGGUGACACUGACAAUGACAACAGCAAUGCAGUUACUGCUGAAGGUGGAUCAAUGUCAGAUGCAGAUACUGAAGACUGUGACCAAGCUGAUGGGGAUCAAAACCCUGAUGAUGCAAUGGACGAAGAUGAUGAAGCUACUCAAGAAGAUUCUAUCGGAUAGGGAAGGGGCACGUGUAAAUAUAUGUAUAGUUCUCUUUCUGUUGUUAUUAUUGCAAUUGGGGAUAAAAGCUGUAAAUACUAGAGCCCUCAAACUGGAGUUCUUUUUCUCGGUGAUUAGGAUUCCAUUUUCUUAUUUAUGACAUUGUUAGUUGUAUACACAGGUUUUCUUUCCCAUGAUGUGGAAUGCCAUCCAUAGCAAAUUUCGGUUGGUGCAAUGCCAUCAGAACA